AUGACAAGGUGCUCUUGGACAAUAUUGUUUCUUCUCUCUGACCUUUUCCUUCAGACAGAGCAGACAGUGUUUAUAUCAGCUGAUGAUGCAAAUAAUGUUAUCAAGAGACAACGGCGUGCCAGUUCCCUACUUUUGGAGGAGGUCCUCCAAGGCAGCUUGGAAAGGGAAUGCCUUGAAGAGAGAUGUACGCAGGAAGAAGCAAGAGAAGUAUUUGAAAAUGAUGAAAUGCUUAAAAUGUUUUGGGAUGCCUACUAUGGCGGCAGGAGAUGCUCGUCGAGCCCCUGCCAGCACAACAGCGUGUGCGAGGACAGCAUCCGCGGCUACACCUGCACCUGCGCCGAGGGCUACGAGGGAGAGAACUGUGCUUUCGCUAAAAACGAAUGUCACCACCAUGCAAAGGAAGGAUGUCACCACUUCUGCUACCCGGGAAGCAAUGCCUAUCGUUGCUCCUGCGCUGACGGCUAUGAGCUCGGGAAGGACAAAAAACAGUGCAUCGCGUUAGAUCAAUGUGCAUGUGGCAGACUUCAAGACAGUGAUAAUCUGAUAAGUGAAACCGGGAGGAAACGUGAUGAGCGAUUUCCUUGGCAGGUCCUGCUGCUAACCUCAGAAGGGAAGGGCUUCUGUGGAGGAGUGCUGCUAAAAAGUAACUUCGUACUGACUACAGCAGAGUGUGCCCUUCUGCACAGCCAUUUUGAAAUCAGCGUUGGUGCUGGGCCGAACAGAACGUGUGGAACUGAGAAGAUAAUGCAAGUUAGAGAGAAACACAUACACAUCCGGUAUGAUGAAGACACUGGUGAGAACAACAUUGCAUUACUACAACUCCAAGAACACGUUGAGUGCAACAACCACCAGCUUCCUGUAUGCACCCCUGAAAGAGACUUUGCAGAACACGUUUUAAUUCCCAAGCUGGCUGGUACAGUCAGUGGCUGGGGAAUGGAAGGUGAUGAACUUCAAGGUGAGGAGUUGCACGUUUCAUACCUUCCUGCUGAGGACUGCAAACAAAUACUCAACAUUAGCCUCACAAACAGGCAGUUUUGUGGACACCUCCAGGAGGCUGUAGACAAACGACUGGCUGGAGGAAGCUUUGUAGCUACUGAGUAUAAGGGCACUUGGUUUCUGACUGGUAUCCUGGGAUCUUGGCCACUUGAAGACACUGACCAGGAAGCACUUCUGUUCACUAACACUGCGAGGUAUAUGAUAUGGUUUAAACAAAAAAUGAAGUAAGAUACAAACACAACCAACUCUGCAGCACCGAACCCCUACCAAUCACUGCAAGGAAACAUUUGGAUGCAGGCAAUACACCCACCAUUUGACUCUCUAUCACUAUUUGCAGCAAUGAUAUGUAUGUAACUCCAAUUCAUACAGAAAAGCCUGUUUAUCUUUCCUCCUUCUGCUGACGCACAGUAUGGUGAAAGCCAUGAUGUGGUAAACCUAGUUAUUUUACUAAAAAAUGACUGAACUUUUAAGUUUCCUAGAACUGUUCAUCCUAUAACUCAAAAAGCAUUGAUGUUUUUCUGGGAUUUUAAAUGUUGCUAGAAGAAAAAUGAGUAUUUUGAAUUUUUGUUACCCUGAAGUUUGAUUCAGUGAAUUCAUAUUCUUAUUUCAGCAUCCAUACAAGUAAAACUUAAGAAGACUAGGGGAACUCCAAGCCUUUCAAUGCCUAUGUUCAUGUAGGACUUGACUACUCUCACCACACUAAAAAAAUGUUUCCCCUUAGACAUGGUACCUGUGUUUUUCCUUAUGAAUCACGUCCACGUCAGUUAGUGGGUAAAAUAAAACCCAGCUCUCAAAGAGGGGGGAAAAAAAAUGUUUUAUUUUCUUUCAAAAUAAUUUAGAAAACCCCAAACUACCAUCCCCUCACUGUGGACAAAGUUACAUUGUACCACCCCCAAACAAACAAACAGAACUCCCAAGGUAGUAACACUUAGAAUAACGGAUCCAGUGGCAGUGUUUUCCCCAGAAGCAGAAAAAAAGAGAGUAUGGAUUAAGUUACUUAGAUAAGCUUUUGUUCAUCAUAACAAAACCAAAACAAAAUAUUACCAGAAUUAACAAAACCCAAACCCAUCUGUGGGUACCUACAGACAAAAAUCACACAUUUACUUGAACCUGUAAGUAUCACUGACACAGUAAAGCUUUUGGUGUCAAGUACUUCUCUAGUUUUUAGAGAAAGCUUGGAGAGAGUAUUUAGUACCAGUAAGGUUACUGAAAAGACGUGAAAAAAAAUGGAAACUAUGAAAGAAAA